AUGCCGGAAAGCACAGGAACUCCAAAUGCACCGGAUCACCAAAUCCUGCCAACGGGGACUCACUCAGAUACACCGAAGCCUCUUCAAGUAGGCCAGGCAUAUGAACCAGGUUUGCGCCGAGUCCCUGACCGUAUUCCUUGGGUUGUCGCACUCAUCAUCGUUGUCGAGCUUGGGGAGCGAUUCACCUACUUUGGUCUUAGCGGACCAUUGCAGAAUUACAUCAAGAAUCCGUACGUCCCUGGUGCGGACCUACCAGGUGCUCUUGGUAAGGGCCAGGCAGUUGCAUCUGCUCUAGGUAACUUUUUCAAGUUUUGGGCGUAUGCCUCCACCAUCCUGGGGGCUGUAGUAGCCGAUCAGUACGUCGGCAAGUUUAAGGCUAUAGUUAUAGCCUCUGGGAUUUAUAUCGUCGGCUUGACUAUCCUUGUGGCAACGGCGACCCCAGCAGCUAUCAAUGGCGGAUCAGCAUUUGGUGGGCUCGUUGCCUCGAUGGUUAUCAUUGGACUGGGAACCGGUGGAAUCAAAGCAAAUGUCACCCCUUUCUGUGCCGAACAGUAUAACAAAGGCAGUGCUUUUGUCAAGACACUGAAGUCAGGAGAACGUGUUGUUGUCGACCCUGAGCUCACCGUGGAGCGAAUGUUCAUGUGGUUCUACUGGGCCGUCAAUAUCGGAGCCCUAUCGCCAUUGAUCACUGUCAACGUGGAGGCCAAGGUGUCCUUCUGGCUAGCCUUCCUGAUACCUUUGAUUGUAAUUGUCCUUGCUGCCAUCGUCUUCAUAUGCAGCAGCAAAUUGUAUGUCAAGACCCGACCACAAGGUUCACCAAUUGUCGAAACCGCUAGAACGGUAUAUGUUGCUAUAUCAGAAAGAGGUUUCGAGAACGCAAAGCCAAGUUCUCUGAGCGAACGGGGUCGGCUAGCGAAAUACUCCAUUGCAUCCAGCGCCAACUAUACCGAUCAAAGUGUUGACGGGGUUAAGAAGGGCAUCAGGGCCUGCAAACUAUUCCUCCUCUUCCCGUUUUAUUUCAUUUGUUGGGUUCAGAUCUGGAAUAACCUUAUAUCUCAGGCCGGUCAAAUGGCUCUGCACGGCACUCCGAACGAUCUGCUACAAAACCUCGACCCUAUUGCCUUGAUUAUCUUCAUUCCGUUCCUCGAUCUCGUGGUCUACCCAGCGUUGCGUCACUUCAAGAUCGAUUUCCGACCAGAGUUAAAGAUUACUGUCGGGUUCUUCAUGGCUUCUAUGUCGAUGGUGUACGCCAGUGUUCUCCAACACUACAUCUACAUCUCCCCUGCGCAGACCAUUCACGUUUGGGUCCAGACACCUGCAUACGUUCUCGUCGCCUUUUCAGAGGCUUUCGUUGUGGUGACUGGCUUGGAGAUCGCAUAUACCAGUGCGCCCGAAAGUUUGCGCUCCCUGGUUUCUUCUCUGUUCUGGUUGACUAUCGGCGUAGCGGCGGCCAUUUGUAUCGGACUCGCUCCAGUUUCACAGGAUCCUUAUUUAGUUUGGAUGUAUGGAUCGCUAGCUAUCGUAGGUUUUGUAGCGGGAAUCCUCUUCUAUGUACUCUUCGGAAGGGCUUCGGAUCAGCCAGUUCCGGUGUUGGAUUCGGUGGAGACCACCAUUGUGGGCCAGCGGGAAGACGAAGAGGCGCAAGUUGGGAGUGGGAAAUGCUAUGAUGAAUAUUGUUUUCCUGGUUCAAGUCUCGUCCUCAUGGCGCAUAACGAUAUUGUGGUGCUCGGAGCGGGUAUCAUCGGCUUGAACGUUGCCUUGGAGUUAUCGAAACGUGGCUAUGGGCAGCAUAUCACAAUCAUGGCGGAACAUCUUCCUGGAGAUGAAUCAAUUGAUUACACCUCCCCUUGGGCUGGAGCGAAUUUCUCUGGCAUAUCGGGCAGCGAUGCCAAUGCACUGCGCUGGGAUCGAUCUGGCUACUUGGCCAUGAUGAGACUGAUUGAUACCGGGGCGGAAGAAGCAAAGUAUCUUUCCAAAACCGAGUCAACAGAGUACUGGGAUCAAGCCCCAUCACAGGACAAGAUCAUCAGCAUGACUGAGUAUCUGCACGAUCUUGUCAUAAUACCUCCAUCCGACCUCCCUAAGGGAGUUGCCUUCGGUAUAAGAUUCACUACAGUCACACUCAACGCGCCUGCACAUUGUGAAUAUUUGAAAUACCUCCUAUCUCAACCUCAGUACGGUGGUAUAAAAUUUGUCCGCCGGAAGGUAUCAAGCUUGCAGGAUGCCUUCCUGUACGGAACACAAAUCGUCUUCAACUGCAUCGGCAACGCAGCAUCCAGUUUAGCGGGAGUUGCCGACUUGAAAUGUUAUCCCACACGUGGUCAGAUUAUCCUUGUGAAGGCCCCGUCAGUGAGAGUCAAUGUCAUGCGGCAUGGCAAAGACUACGAGACAUAUAUCAUCCCACGACCCCGCUCAGAUGGCACUGUGAUAUUAGGUGGCUACCUACAACCUGGUGACCAAACUAGGCAGACCCGACCAGUAGAGACUGAAUCUAUUCUGAGUCGCACAGAGGGUCUCCUACCGAUCCUCAAAAAUGGAGAAACAGAAAUCCUUCAUGUUGCGGUGGGAUUGCGGCCAUCGCGGCAAGGCGGUGCUCGAGUGGAGCUCGAAACCACGCCAGAGGGCCACACUGUAGUACACAACUAUGGCGCAGGAGGGACUGGAUUUCAGGCCGGGAUGGGAAUGGCCAAGGAUGCGGUUGAUUUGGCUUCGGACAUCCUCAGCCAGCUUCGACCCCAGAGUAGAUUAUGA